CUGUAAUCUGAACCAGCUGUGUCCAGACUGAGGCCCCCAUUUGCAUUGUUUAACAUACUUAGAAAAUGAAGUGUUCAUUUUUAACAUUCCUCCUCCAAUUGGUUUAAUGCUGAAUUACUGAAGAGAGCUAAGCAAAACCAGGUGCUUUGUCUGUGGGCUCUCCAGUGGCUGGGAGGACCCAGGCUCUCCCCUUGUCCUCUCCACGACUGGCUCGUCCCCCCUGGAAUAAAAAUAUCGGCGAGCCCCAGGGCCCAGAGGAGGCCGAAGUUCAGGAACUGUUCCCAGGGUCCCGCACUGUGAGCUCUUUUUCUUCUCCCUUCUGCUUCUCCUGCUCACGCAUCUUGGACAUGCCAGGAUUAAAAAGGUAUCCACAGAUACUCACUGUGACCAUUCUGGCUCUCUGUCUUCCGUGUCCUGGGAAUGCACAGCAACAAUGCACUAACGGUUUUGACCUGGACCGCCCGUCGGGACAGUGUUUAGACAUCGAUGAGUGCCGGACCAUCCCUGAGGCCUGCCGAGGCGACAUGAUGUGUGUUAACCAAAACGGCGGGUAUUUAUGCAUCCCCCGAACAAACCCAGUGUAUCGGGGGCCCUACUCGAACCCCUACUCGAACCCCUACUCAGGGCCGUACCCAGCAGCUGCCCCACCGCUGUCGGCUCCAAACUACCCCACAAUUUCGAGGCCUCUCAUCUGCCGCUUUGGAUACCAGAUGGACGAAAGCAACCAGUGUGUGGAUGUGGAUGAGUGUGCAACGGACUCCCACCAGUGCAACCCUACCCAGAUUUGCAUCAACACCGAAGGAGGGUAUACCUGCUCCUGCACUGAUGGCUACUGGCUUCUGGAAGGCCAGUGCUUGGACAUUGAUGAAUGUCGCUACGGUUACUGCCAGCAGCUGUGUGCGAAUGUUCCUGGAUCCUAUUCCUGUACAUGCAACCCUGGCUUUACCCUCAAUGAGGAUGGAAGGUCUUGCCAAGAUGUGAACGAGUGUGCAACUGAGAACCCCUGCGUGCAAACCUGCGUCAACACCUAUGGCUCUUUCAUCUGCCGCUGUGACCCAGGAUAUGAACUCGAGGAGGAUGGUGUUCACUGCAGUGAUAUGGACGAGUGCAGCUUCUCCGAGUUCCUCUGCCAACACGAAUGUGUGAACCAGCCCGGCACGUACUUCUGCUCCUGCCCUCCUGGCUACAUCCUGCUGGAUGACAACCGAAGCUGCCAGGACAUCAACGAGUGUGAGCACAGAAACCACACGUGCAUCUUGCAGCAGACUUGCUAUAAUUUGCAAGGGGGCUUCAAAUGCAUCGAUCCCAUCCGCUGCGAGGAGCCCUAUCUGCGGAUCAGCGAUAACCGCUGUAUGUGUCCCUCUGAGAGUCCUGGCUGCAGAGACCAGCCCUUCACCAUCCUGUACCGGGAUAUGGAUGUGGUGUCAGGACGCUCCGUCCCUGCUGACAUCUUCCAAAUGCAAGCAACGACUCGCUACCCUGGGGCUUAUUACAUUUUCCAGAUCAAGUCUGGGAAUGAGGGCAGAGAGUUCUACAUGCGGCAAACGGGCCCCAUCAGUGCCACCCUGGUGAUGACGCGCCCCAUCAAAGGGCCCCGGGACAUACAGCUGGACUUGGAAAUGAUCACCGUCAACACUGUCAUCAACUUCAGAGGCAGCUCCGUGAUCCGACUGCGGAUAUACGUGUCGCAGUACCCGUUCUGAGC